AUGGGGCAUGAAACAUAUCGGUUGUCGCAGGAGCAGAUCGACCAUUUUCUCGAGCAUGGCUGGAUCAAAUUGUCUGGCUGCUUCACGCGUGAGCAGUCUGCAGAACUGCAAUCACAGUUGUGGACACGGCUCGACAUGGAUCCGAAUGAUAUGUCAACAUGGGAGACCAAGAACGAAUCCGGCCGUGUAAACAUGCCCAUCCACAAAUACUUUCCCGCCUCCUCUAUCGCCCCCAAAGCCUGGUUUAGCAUCUGCCAACUCCUUGGCGGCGAAUCCCGCGUCAACGACUCCGUCUCCAACUGGAAAGACUCCUUCAUCGUCAACGUCGGCACAUCUCAAGGCGCAGGGAAGUACAUCAAGCCGCAGGAUCUAAAAAACUGGCAUGUCGAUGGGGAUUUUUUUGUCCACUACCUCGACUCCCCUGAGCAGGCACUUCUCGUUAUACCGCUCUGGUCUGACAUCGUUCCAAAUGGCGGCGGCACAAUUAUUUGUCCUGCCGGCAUCCCGAUUAUUGCGAAACACUUGUAUGAACAUCCUGAGGGCGUGUCACCGCGUAUGACGUCCCGCCAUGAUAACCCGGAAUUUAAGUCAGAAGGCACGGAUCUGAGUUUUUAUAUCAACAUCGCGAAGCAAAUGCCCGACGAGGCUUUCGUCGAAGUCACGGGAGAGGUAGGCGACGUGUACCUCCUGCAUCCGCUCAUGCUACAUAGUGCAAGCAACAACACGCUGCGGAAGGUGAGGGUCAUUACGAAUCCGCCUGUGAGUGUGAAAGAACCGUUCAAUCUCAACCGAGAGGAUGGUCAGUAUAGCAUUGUAGAGCAGAAGACGCUAAAGGCGCUGGGGAGGGAGAAACUGGAGGGUUGGAAAAUCACCGCAGAUAGGCAGAGGAUUGUACCAGACAGUGCGAAGGUGAAGGCAGAGAUGAAGCGAUUGGAAGAAGAGCGAUUGGCGAAGUUGGAGGGGGUGAAAGUCCAGGCUGUGGAGGUGGAUCUGAAGGCCUGA